AUGGAGAAAGCAUUGCUAGAAGUAUUGGAAAUGGCAAUAUGUCAGAAUUUUAAAGAGAGUAGUAAAUUUGUUAGAGAUCAUCUUAGCUAUGAGGAAUUACGUACUAAACUAGAAGAAUUAUAUAGUCUUUAUUAUGAAAUAUCUCAGAAAGAAAAGUGUGAAAUAUUUAAAGAUAAUGCGAAAGAAAUUAUUCAAGGACUUCUUAACAUGUCACUUACAGAUGAUUAG